AUGCGUCUCACCACCAGCGUCAUCGCUGGCUUCAUCGCCUUCGGUGCCGCUACGCCUGCCGGCCUGGCAGUCAAGCCAAGUUCCAUUGAGGACCCUGUCGAUGCUGUCCCAGCCCAGCACACUCCCGUCGUCGACGGGAACUGGCACAUUGGCUGCGACAAGAACAACUACUGCUCCUACUACCAGGGAGGCGACAUGGCUGUUGGCAACGACAACUCAGUAUCCCCUCGUACCAUUGCUCUGUCGGAAACCUCAUGCAAACAGUGCUCAGUUAAGGAACCUUGCGACCCCGAGCUCAGCGAUGCCAUCCGCAAUCACACAGUCACAGCCACCAUCCUCAAGACCACCAUCAGCACCUCUGUCGUAACUGUGACCGCCAUGCCUACUUCUGAGGCAUCAAUCUCCGACAUCACCACUACCAUCACGCUUGCUCGUACAGCCCUACCCCCGACGCACACUAGUCUGGCCCCUCGCGAUGAGCUAGCCUCCAACGAUGGCGACAACCAGUCACCUACUCGUCGCACUGCCUUCAAGCACGUCCGUUCCAAAUGGCAGCCCCCGGGCUUCAACGUCUCUGCCUCUGGACCCAGCGAGACCACAACUACCACCGAGACAGUGGUCAUUUCGACCGUCGUUGGCCCCACGUCCUCGCCAGUCGUCACCGUCACCGUGUCCGCCCCUGUUACCAGUACCACUACUGUUGUCGUAGCUCCUCAGAGCUCCCCAUGCACUACGACCACUACUUCGAUACCUGUAGUAACCAGUACUGUGACAGUGGUCACUCAGCGUCCACAGACCAAAACCGUGACAGUUAUUUCUCAGCGUCCACAGACAAGCACUGUGACAGUUGUUGCUCAGCGUCCACAGAUCACCACUGUCGUCAUGACAGCUCCUCAGGUUCAGACCACCACUGUCGUCAUGACAGCUCCUCGGGUUCAGACUACCACUGUCGUCGUGGCAGCCCCUCAGAUUCAGAUUAAUACCGUCACUGUGGAGAAGCCGGCUUCCACCGUAAUCUACCAGCAACCAGGCACCACAUCCAUUGUCACCGUACAGAACCCAGCUUCUACUGUCGUCUACCAGCAGCCAGGCACAACUUCCAUUGUCACCUAUCACUACCAUGAUCCAGCGUCCACCAUCAUGCUCCAGCCACCAACUGUUACUGCUUCGCGCUCACCACACGUGCUCGAGAUUCCCGUCACUGGGUGCGAUUUCGCUUGCGACGAAGACCAAGGCUGUGAGCACUUCCUGUGCAAAGACCCUCUCAGCGAAGCGGAGAUCUGCAUAAGCCUCCUAGAGGACGCCGAGGCGUCCAAAGCAUACGACACGUCCAUGGCUUCCGGCGAUUUCCUUGGCUCCGCCGCGAUGCUUCUGGUGCUCGCUGGCGAUGACGCCCCUACUUCCAACACAACGACUACCCAUUUGCAGCCGGCGAUCUCCAACGGAACCCGGCCAGACUUUUCCUUUGCCGAUGAGGAUUGCUAUCUGUGCGAGUCCGGUGAUGAGUCUUGCAACAUGUGCGACUGGCAGUUCACCUGCGGCAUCAAGAAGAAGUGCUUCCACAACGGCGCGCGCGAGGUUGUCGAGUUGUGCUUCGAGAAAGGCGAGAAGUGCCGUCCUUGA